AGGGCUUCCAUCCUGAACUCGGCUGAUCUUUGUUCUUUCCUCGGAGAUCUUGGAAACCCGGGAGCUUGUGGAUGGUUGGAAACAUUUUGGGAUGGUCUUCGUUACAUGGGAUUAAUCCUCCCGUCUGUUUCAUGUUGUAGGUCUUGGCCGGAGCGGGGCACGAUGCGGGGCGUCCUGGUGGGGUCCCUCCUCCUCUCGGCGGCCCUGGUCCUGGCGGCGCCUCCUCCGCCCAUCAACAAGCUGGCCCUCUUCCCGGACAAGAGCGCCUGGUGCGAGGCCAAGAACAUCACCCAGAUCGUGGGGCACAGCGGCUGCGAGGCCAAGUCCAUCCAGAACAGGGCCUGCCUGGGCCAAUGCUUCAGCUACAGCGUGCCCAACACCUUCCCGCAGUCCACCGAGUCCCUGGUCCACUGCGACUCCUGCAUGCCGGCCCAGUCCCUCUGGGAAAUUGUGACACUGGACUGUCCGUCCAACGAGGAGAUCCCGCGAGUGGACAAGCUGGUGGAGAAGAUCCUCCACUGCAGCUGCCAGGCCUGCGGCAAGGAGCAGAGCCAGGACGGGGCGCUCUUCAACGUCUACCCGAACCCUGACGACAACCUGCCCGCUGAGAACCCCAAUCCACACCCGUACGGCGGCCAUCACCACAACAACAACAACCACCACCCUUCGGAGGAGGCCUCCAACCACCACCACCAGCGCCAUCACGACGAGGAGACCACGGACUGACCCUCUGACACUCGCCCUCCGAUCCCGGGGUUUUCUGGGACUUCAGAUCUUUCACUGUUUUGAGAAUUGCGAGACUCCUGUUUAUCCCAUCUUCAAUUAAGUCAUGGCUCUCCAAUCCCUGGGAUUUCUUCUCUAGGGAUUCUGGGACAUCUUCCACCAGUUUGAGAAUUACGAGCCACCAGUUUGUUUUUGAUGUAUGCAACCGAUUUAUCCGAUCUUCUCCACGGGUCGAGUGCUGACUCGCCAAUCCCUAAGGAUUCUGGGACUCCUCAUUUGGGGAUUCUGGGACUCCUAAUUCGGAGAUUUCGGAACUUUUUCUCUUCCGUUAUUCCAAAAAUUAGGAGACGCUGCAGUUUGCUUUCACUGGAUCCCAACUGGGAAGGACAAGAUGCAUCAUGAUUAAUAGAUUAAUAGAGUGCCAGACCUCCAAUCCCAGGGGAUUCUGGGACUUCUCAUGUUGGGAUGCUGGGAAUUCUUAUCCUCCGCCGUGUCAUAGAAAAUAACUUUGUCCAACUAGGAAGCCAACAACCCUUCAUCCCAUCUUCUCAGUGCUGAACCUCCGAUCCCAAGGGAUUUUCAGACUUCUUUUCUUGGGAGUUUUGGGACUUCUUUUCUCCCACCGUUUCCUAGACGUCAAACAAGGCAAACAUUACGACUGCUCACCUCUAUUCCUAUCUUCUCAGAUAUAUUCCAAAACGAAGCCUCGACCGGACUAGAAGGCGAUGGAGUUCAAAUGGGUUUUGUAGUUGCUUAAAGGAGGCCCUGGUUUUCUCUGGUUUUCUGAAAUGUCAAACUUUCUUUGCGUUGAAAACACCACAAAAAAAAUUGUCACUUGUUUUGUUUGUUUCCCAGAUACACAAAAGCUAUUAGUUUCACCUUUGUAGUUAAAUAAAUUAGAUUUUAACCUCCGCAACAA